CACAAGAAAAAAAAAAUAAAAUAAUAAAAUAAAAAACAAAACCCAAAAAAAAAAAAAAAUAAAAUAAAUAAAAAUAAUAAUAAGAAUAAUAAUAAUAAAUAAAUAAAUACUUAUAAUAAUAACUGGAUUGUUUUUCGGGAGACACUGUUAAUGCUGCAUAAACUCCUGAGAGUCCGUAUCGGCCAUCAUAUAGGAUGCGCCCGAUAAACGCGGAUGAAACUAGCAAUAAAAUUGUAGUUGAUACGCUAAGUCUAAGCUCGUCUACCGUUUUCCCCAUCUCCUUGCUCUAUAUCACCCUUGCUCAUUCUGCCUUUACCCAACUUCCACCCCGUAAAAUUUUUGCCGUACAUAUAUCUCGGGGAAACGCCCCAGGCAACCAUAUGGUGCGCCCUCUAUGAUAUUUUCACCCCUUUUAUUCAUAUAGCCAUAUAGCACUCCCCUUGUAUUCCUUUUUCCCACUCCUACGGUAAACGAAAAAUCAACCUGCCAUAUUUCCAUAAUAACCUUCCGUGACACGACUGUCACGUAGACUGUUCCCCACCCCUUCAUACUAUAGGAUGCUUCCGAUAAAAACGGAUGAGGCUCCAACAGCUAUACGAUUCAAUAGGCUACAUUUUCAGCCAUCCGAUACUAUAACCCGCCCAACCCCACUCCUUACCCCUCUGCACGCUCCUGCAAUAGUGAAUCGCUUUUCUUCGUGUAAACCCCUCAAUAAACGAACUCCCACCACAACCACCUCCCUCCCCCCCACAAUUUAGGAUGUCGGGAAUAAAGCCGGAUACAAACAGCGUAUGCAAACGUACGUUGCGGCAGUCCAUUUCGCCAUCUCUCACUUCUCCCUCCAUCUUCAUCUUACUUCCCCCCAUUGCCCCCCUGCGACAACGCCAUGUUUCCCCCUGUAGCUCCCCUUAUCCGACCAUCGACCCCUAAUACUUAUUACCCCAUAUAAGAUAGGAUGUUUUAGAUACAGAUAGAUAAUAAUAUUAAUAUACGGCCAUAUGCCAUUGCUCUCCACAUAUAUGUCCAUCCCCCCCAAAACCCUAUAAGCGUAUAAAAAAAAAAAACAAAAAAAAACAAACAAACAAACAAACAAACAAAAACAAAAACAAAAACAAAACAAAACAAAAAAAAAACAUUUACUGCCUGGAAAUACGGUAGUAAAUCAAGGUGUUUUUAUGAUUACCACAGAUAAUGCCGACCCUCGUCACGCUACUCCUACUGCUCUCCUCAACCAAUGCAUUCCAGACCACGACAUGCGACUGCAACAAACCAAGCGGAGUCGGACUCCUCCAAUUUUCCGAUGGCUCCUGCGAACCUGCCACACGCAGUUCGAAUACGAAAGUCGACUAUCGAGUCAUGACCGACAAAAAGGCAGCUUUUAACUUCCCGGGAUACAUCUGUGGUAGAUGGAAAUCAAUUAAGCAUAUCACGAUCAAUUUCGUAGGACAAGUUAUUACCGUUCCGGAACGCAUCGCCAUGGAAACGUCGGCGGUAGAGUGUGAUAUAAUGAGACAAUCGAGGCGAUGCAACGAGAGCCCAAUGAUGAAAUCAGAAAACAAAUGGAUAUUUAACCAAGAACCGGAGGACUUCGGUUAUUGGCUAAGAACCACCACUGUGGUUACAGUCAACUGUAUGUUAGAAGAAGUCGUCCUUUCCCGAAUUGACGAAGGAGACAUGAUAAACACGCCACUAGGAAAAACCAACGUAUCUCAUGGAUCUCUAUCCCAUAACCAUUUAACAUUAUUUUGGAUCGACACCUACGGAAAACCAACUGAUAUCGUAAUCCGACAAUUAGAGAAAGGCGUGGGAUUCUGGUACGAAUCUUCAACGAACGGGACUUGGAUCCUCCAAGACGACUCCAAACAGUUGGACUUUCACGUACGGUUGACGUCACGCUGCCAAACCGUGAAAUGCGACAAAAACAUAGACAGUUGGACCGUGAUCGGAGACAACCAUUUGUUCAUCAUUAAAUACCCAUUGGGACCGUCCGCAGUUACCGUACCAUCCAUCAUCAAGGAUAUUGUGACAAAAAGAAAGGACCCUUUAGAUAUCAACAUCCGACAAAACGCAAGAAUCCAGUAUUUAGAGGACGCCGCCAUCCGUCACGAAAAUGAACUUAUCCGCGUCAUUCAGAGCAUGCAGUGUGACCAACGACGUGCUAAACACGCACAAGCCGUGUCAACCGCCCAAUACAAUGGAUGGCUGGCAGCCGCACAGCUGGGUCUUCGGCAAUGCAUCAAACUGAUCGCCACCGGAAACAUCGUCUCAGCCCUACAAUGCACCCCUACAACAGUAAAUUUCACGACGGAUACAACCACUUGUGGACCUCAACCGCGGUUCAACAAUUUCACCAUUGGCCGGUCCGGUUGGGAACUCACUGCUUUCACGCCAUGCUACUGGGCUGGAGGUAUCGUGAAUUUUAACGACAAACCUCACGCCUAUCGCAAUAACACGUGGCAACCGGUCGAAGCAUCCGUCGUCAUCCCACAGCGUGAUUUGGCUGACGCUUUCCGAUAUCAAGACGUCAACUUCUUCGAAUAUCAACAUCAAACCAAUCCCGCUUAUACGGAAGCCCUCAUUAGCCCAAUGGAUAUAAUGGCCGAUAUCACAGCCUCCAUGAACGAACAUUCCCUGACUGUCCCCAAUCAAAUUACAGGGACAUCGGCUAUCGUCGUAUCCGCAGCCGAGAAAGCAGGUCUCGGAACCUUUACCAAUUGGUUCGAGAAUUUUAAAGUCUACUCAUUUAUCAUCCUGCUCAUCGCUAUUUUCCUACUGAUCGCUCGUGUUUGUUACGCCCUCGGAUUUUGUGGUUUGAUAUGGAAAUGUUGCUGUAAGCCCCCACGUCCUCCCCCUAAGGCGGUUUACCAGUCGAGAAGCAGCCGACCCACAGGUCCCUGAAUUUUCUUUUGGAUUGCGGGACGCAAUCUAGUAUGACGGGGAGCGAUGUAACGAAACGCCAAGCGAAGCCCCUUCUUGCCCCUUUUAUUUUUGCUCAAUUAAACUAAGACCUUAUUUCUUA